AUGUCAGUCAAACGGUCAAAGAAUCAGAUACGUAGAGAGAGACUUAAGAAGAGAAGGCUCGAGGAGCAGCAAAAUGAGGAGACAAACGAAAGUAAAGCUGCUGGUACUGAGUCCGAGGUGAAGUCGACUGAACCCGAGGCAAAGACAGAUCACGAUGGUUCAAUCCAUGACAUUAAAAUAGAUGAGAAUGAUCCUCUACUACAGCAAUUUCAAUCAGUCUUGAAAAAAUUCACCCCUAUGUCCCAAAAGCAAGACCUGCAACUAGUCGAGGUACUGAAUGGGUAUCAGCACAAUGAUGAAGAAUAUACAUCGAAUGAAUCAGAUGAAGAUGAGCAAGCAGAAACCACCACAAACACCACAUUAUCAAAGCGGCAAUUAAGACUACGAAAUAAGGUUUCACUAGCAUCACUCAAGAUGUCGACUCAUCGACCGGAAAUCGUCGAACCUACCGAUGCCGAUGCACAAGAUCCGUAUUUGCUUGUAUUUAUCAAAUCUCAACCAAAUAUAAUUCCGGUCCCUUCGCACUGGAGCUCCAAACGUGACUAUCUUUCUUCAAAACGAGGCGUCGAAAGGCCAUCGUUCCAAUUGCCCAAGUUUAUUCGCGACACCGGUAUUGAAGAAAUGCGCCUGACAACCACUUCAAGCGACGAUCGUACUUUGAAACAACAACAACGUGAACGAGUACAAGUAAAACUAGGCAGAUUGGACAUGGAUUAUGAAAAGCUAUACCGCGCAUUUUUUCAUCAUCAAUCCAAGCCACGACUAUCGAAAUUUGGUGAGUUAUAUGAAGAAGGUAAAGAAUUAGUUGAUGAAUUGACCAAUGAAGCUAAAAAGAUGAGACCUGGUGUGGUUUCGAAAACAUUGAGACAGGCAUUGGGGAUGAAUGACCAUGAUUUGAAUAUUGCACCUGCUUGGAUUACGAUAAUGAAGGAUAUUGGCAAGCCUCCAUCGUAUCAAGAUUUGAUCAUACCUGGUAUUGAUGAGGACUAUAAUAAUAGCGGGUAUAGAGAUAAACAUAGUGUUGAUGGCGAUGUUAGAGUUGAGCAUUGGGGAAGGAUAAAGACGCUAGUGGAGUCAGAAAGUGAGGGGGAGGAAGAAGACGACGAGAGGGAAGACGAGGACGAAGAUGAGGGCGGGGAAGAAGAUAAAGUUGAAGAGGAGGAAGAAGAUGAAGAUGAAGAUGAAGAUGAAGAUGAAGAGGAGGAAGAAGAAAAGAACAAUAAAAAUAACGAAAGAGAAACUGCACAAAAUAACGGACCAUCUCGUAAGAAACACGAUUCGGUUGUUCACACAGAUAGUGACAGUGAUGAAGAAGAUAAAGAGUUACCAAAAAAGAGCUCACUCAAAGAUGUCUUAUUCAACAUUUUCGGUGAUGAAAAUGCACCAGAUUUUGAUAGCAAAAACUCCAUGGGUGCUAAUGAUCCAGGGGUAAGUGCUAAUGAUUCUACAGUUUCAAAGGAACCCAAUAUCAGAAGUAAGCUAUCAACAAUUCACGGUAAAAACGUUGCAGCAGAGAAAUCCCCUUUUGAUAUCUAA